AAUUGGAGUUGUGUCUGAAGUCAAAAACAGUGACAUUGUGUCUGCAUCUGCGUGCGAAGUCGUUAGGCGAAUUUGCACAAAGUUUUAGAACCCUAAAGUUUACUUUUCUGAUGGAGAAGAAGAAGACUGGAAUUAUUAUAAUAAAAUAUUAAAAACACACAUUUUUCUUGAAGAUGACGAAAAGCGUUCACAUGUCUUCUUCUUCUUCAUUCUCCCGCUGGAGUUUUCGGUACUUCUCCAUUCUCCAUUGCCUUUUCCGUUAAAGUUCCAUUCUUUUAGUUUCCCCCUUUUUUAUUUUUCUUACUAGCACCCAUUCUUUCCUCUUCAAUUCUCAAUGAAGAAGCUCAAGGGACUUGGAGGAGCUGGGCUGAUAUCUGUUUGGCUAUCUGGGUUCCUCCUAAUCGCUCUCUCCUUCUACGGCACUCUGCUUCUCUCCCCUUCUCUCAAUAACCCUUCCUUUCACCAAGAGUCUUCCACUGCUCCAAGGAUCACCAUUUUCACCGCUCUCCACAGCUCCUCCUCUUCCUUUAUUAGCCAAGCUAUUCGCUCAUGGCUAGCUUUGUCUUCCCAAGUCACAGUUGUUAUAUUCACUCAACACAACAACUACUCUCCCUCCUUCACCGACACUUUUGGCUCCCGUCUUGUUCUCGAUUCCACCAUCGAUUUCACGUUUCUUGGUACUCCGUUCUUACACUCAAUGCUGGCGAGAACCGAAGCUUAUGUAUCCGAUCUAUCUGUCCUAAUAGAUCCGCACACUCUUCUUCUCCCAGAUUUCAUCUCUGCUCUAAACCACGCUCACCACCUUGAUCGUGACUGGCUUCUUGUUUCUUCCUCCGCGAACAUCCCUCGUUUCCCCUUCCACUGGGACCAAACAGGACGCUCCUGGCGUCAUCAGGACAAUGGGAAAAGAGUUAGAUUCGGAGAGUUGCAGAAGAUGAUAAGUCAAUUAAAUUCUAGUGGAGGAGGAGGAGGCAGCAACAUGAUCAUGGCAUGGAACAACAACGUUGAUUCCCCCUUGCACUGUGGAGUGCUUCCACCUUUCUUGUACCAAAGAGGAACUCACAAUCAAUGGAUCGUCAACGAGGCUAUGUCAUGUGAAAGAAGGUUUGUGUUUGACGCCACUUCCACCGUGUCCAGCGUUCUCCUAAGCAAUGUCACAGAACCCAAAACAAGAAACUGGGAGUAUAUAGGCAACUCCCAUCUCGGGAAGCUCUACGGAUCCUCGUCCAAGUCUUAUGCUUUACCAAAGCUUCUCAAGUGUAACAAGCGUUACAUAUUCGUUACUGCUUCAGAGCGUUCCAUUGAACCCAAAGGCUUAAACGUAGGCUUUAGGAGACGAGAGAAGAUCUCAGCUUGUGUUAGCAGAAGUAAAUCAAGAAGCUUGAAGUUGGAUCCAGUGCGGAAAGAUGAGGCAAUGCCAGCGUUGAAGUUUCCUUAUGACCUUGAGUCUCUUCUCCCUUUAGUUGCGGACAAGAACAGAACCGUUGUUCUUUCAGUUGCUGGGUUUAGUUACAAGGACAUGCUGAUGAGUUGGGUCUGCAGGGCACGCCGCCUCGCGGUUCCUAACUUCUUGGUAUGUGCACUUGAUGACGAAACUUACCAGUUUGCUAUAUUGCAGGUGGGGUCUUGUUGUGUUCAGGGUCUGCCAGUUUUCUUUGAUCCAUACGCACCAAAGAACAUUAGCUUCAAUGAUUGUCACUUUGGUUCAGAGUGUUUCCAGAGAGUGACCAAAGUUAAGUCGAGAACAGUUUUGAAGAUACUUAAGAUGGGCUACAACGUUCUCUUGAGCGAUGUCGAUGUGUAUUGGUUCAGAAACCCAUUGCCUCUGCUUCACUCUUUUGGUCCUUCUGUUCUCGUUGCACAGUCUGAUGAAUACAACACAACAGUACCAAUAAACCGACCAAGACGGUUGAACUCAGGAUUCUAUUUCGCGCGUUCAGAUGGACCAACCAUAGCAGCAAUGGAGAAAGUGGUUAAACAUGCUGCGACCUCUGGUCUAUCAGAGCAGCCUAGCUUCUACGAUACACUGUGUGGGGAAGGUGGAGUCCACCGUUUAGGAGACGAUAGAUGCGUUGAGCCGGAGACGAACCUGACUGUUCAUUUCUUGAACAGAGACUUGUUUCCUAACGGAGCUUACGGUGAUCUAUGGCUGAAGGAAGAUGUAAGAGGAGAGUGUGAGAAGAAGCAUUGCUACGUUUUGCAUAAUAACUGGAUCAGUGGGAGAUUGAAGAAACUCGAACGCCAAAUGAUGAAAGGUCUCUGGGACUAUGAUGCAUCCAUGAGGAUGUGUGUGUAGAGGCUAAAGAUAAAGGAGUGAAGGUUAUACAAAACAAAUAUACGUCAUUUGAAGUCAUCUUAGUUUUGAGUAUAGUUAUACAAAAAUGUAUUUAUUUGUUGUAUUUGUUAUAUGAAAUAGUUUUAGGAUAUAUGAACUUGUAAGCUGCAAUUUAUUUGAAAUGAAACAUUUAUAGGA